AUGUGCGUAGCUAUAUACGUAGGUGACACAACAGGCAGAACCCGCUGAGUGUCAGGCCCCACAUACUGAGUGACUGAGCCCCAAGCCGGGAAGCACCGAGCCAACGACUGACUGUCUCCUGCCUGGGAGCAGUCUCUCAGCAGUCUCAGAGCAGUCUCUCAGCAGUCUCAGAGCAGUCUCAGAGCAGUCUCUCAGCAGUCUCGGGGAAUCACUCAGGGGAGCAGGACACGUCUGGGCCUGGGAGCUGACAGCAGGGGCCACAAUGGAGGCGGGUCACUUCCAGAUCCCCAAUCUCUCCCCAGAUCAGCAAGAGAUUUUUAGGAAAGCCUUCAGCCAGGAUCUAGAGAAGCUGAAGUCGGAUGAGGGACUGGGGGCGCCAUCUUGGGACCUGUUCAUUAACCUGUGUAAAGCGCCGGCGCUGUCCAUCCUGACGCAAGAGGAGGCUCAGACUUUACUGCAGCUGGCUCCGCCCUCUCAGCAGCGCGACGCCGUCCUGAAAUCCAUUGAAGAAAAGGGACCAAGCGCAAUAUUUAUCCUUUAUCUUUUCCUGAAUCUGCACAACGAGGAGCGCUAUGGGGAAAUGCCGAGCUCCACUGAUAACGAUGAGAAGUUGGGAAUUAUAUCAACCGUACGUGACAACUUCCUGCUCGUACUGCGCAAAAAAGUCAUGGAAUUGGCCCAGAGAUCCAGACUCAGCGCUCCCCAAGGCGGAGUAAGACCCGGUUCUGCUGUUGCCACCGUGAAGCCCAUGGCACCGAAUAAAGAAUCACCACAGGGCAAAUCACAGGAAGAUCCAGAAUCUACAGAUGACAUUAUAAAGGAAGAAAAGAAGGAGAUCCACCCUGUAACAGAGAGAAGCAGAGAGAAAGACAAGAAGAAGAAGGAAAUGGAGAAGCAUCAUGUGGCCGAUACAGUUGAUGGACCUCGGCACAGGAACAGGAAGUACUGGGGCAUCAGAAAGGAUGAUGAGUUUUUUCACUUUAUUAUCAUUUGCUUUGCGGUUGGCGCCUCGCUGAUCUCUUCAUACAAUUACUCAGAUUGGACCGUUUCGGCUGGGAUCGGGUUACUCGCUUUUGCUUCCCUAGAAACCAUUGGGAUCUAUUUUGGUUUAGUUUACCGAAUAAGGACAGUUAUCGAAGCUUUUCUACCUCUUCUCAGGAAAUCGCCUCUGGCCAGUUUACAGAAGGAGCAGUAGAUCCCAAGCUGAGGAAAUCCUUCCCUUAUUCUCUGAUCAUGAACUGAAGUAUUUUUCACCGGAUAAUUAAACCAAUUGCACAUUCCUGUGUUACUGGGGGGGCAGAAGCUGUUUUGGGGUUGGAGCCGCACAACAUGGUACAUUCUACACCGACGCCCAGUAUCCGUCCCAGCAUGCACUUGGAUAUAUUCAGAAUGGCUUUGUGGGACACGUGUAACUUCCGGCUGCACCUCCUGCUGAAACCUUUACUUGAAGAGGAAUCAAAUGGUUAAUGUAUGAAAAGAAAUAAAUGUAAUGUAUUGAUCUCUGGCCGUGCAAUAAAAGCCUCCCAUCAGUAA